AACUACUAGCUAGAGAGAGAGAGCUAGCUAGUCUAGUCACGAAAGCAGUCAACUACAUCAAUCAAGCCAGCAGGACUACAAUGGUCUCGUUGGCACAGUAAGUUGGCUACCUAGCUGCUGAUCUAUACGUAGGCUAGCAUACCUGCUAUGUUUGCUACUAGCAGCAAGAUAGCGAUUUAGCAACAACAGGUUGACCACUGUUGAUUGUCCAUCCGUCUGUUGCUGUUAACCAUCGAGAUCUAAGUUCCAAUCGAAGACAAGGCUCAACCUGCUCCUUCCUAGCUCUUGUUUGAUAUGACAUCACUGCAUGGUUACCACAGAAACCAGGGCUCCACUGCAGACGGUUGACAGCCUGUUAGGUGCAAUCGAAGAGAAUGGCUGCCCAGGUGGAGGUUCAGACUGGGGAGGUGGGGAGGACAGGUGUGGGGGGAAGGCUGCAUCUCAGCCCCCUGGUCGACUCCAGCAACAAGAGCCUCGUGGAAGGCUCAUCCAGCCCCCAGGGUUCCCUCAUUAUCUCUCCAGAGCCGGGCAAGCCUGUCCCUGCACCCAAACCCCGGCUUACUCCCAAGCCUUUCUCCGUGGAGAGAAACCCAACUGUCCGGCCCAUUCUUGCUCCCAAGCCUCACACAAAGCCACGGCCGGAGCCCAACCGACCGACCUCCUACAAGCCUGACCCCCCUGUCGUUCCCAAGCCAGAGCAGCCCGGUGUGACCGGCAAACACAGGCCGGUGUCGACCAACCCCGGGCGUCAGGCGCCGACCACCUUCAAGGCCUCCCCGAAGCUGAGCGCUGGACAAACCAGCAAGCCUGUGGCCCAGCCCUUUAAACCCGCCCCUCCUCUGACGCUCGGAGACCCGAGCAAACCUGCUCCCCCCCCACCAGCGGGACGUCACACAGCCAACACCGCAGGUACGUCCCCCUCCAGGGGCUACAAGAAACCCCAAUCUGCGGAAUGGUCUGGAAGUACCAAGCAGGACAUGGAGCGGGGUAAAACAUCCUCCACUGCAAGGCCCGGCGGAACCUCCAUGACGAGAGCCAAGUCCAUGGGCUUCCUGAAUCAGAUGGGACUAGAGGAAGAGGAGAGGAAGUUGGAAGUAGCAACUGAGGUUGGUGUCGCGCUCAGACCCCACCCCCGCAGCUCCAGGCCCAGACCCGUGUCGGCAAUAUUCCUGCCCUCCCCAACUGAGACCGAGGCGCCCAGCCCUGCCUCCCAGUGGUCUGUCAGGCGGCCCCUCUCAGCGGACCUCACCUCCAGGUUUGAGUCUAUUGGCUUGUCUCUGCACCGCCGACCCACCGACACAGACAGCAAGGAGAACACCCCAGAAGAGGGCGUUCCGCCGCGGAGGAGAGAGAGGGAGAAGGGCCCCGAGGGGGCGGGGGGUGCACCGCAGGGGCCGGAGGGCAAGCCGAAGCCCAGCGUCUCCAGACGAGGGAGCGAUAAGACCAAGGAAGAGGGCAACGACGAGAAGGAGGAAGUGAGGAGCGGCGGGGGGAGUAUCAAGCGACGGAUCAGCCUCCUCCUGGACUCCUCCUCCUCUCCAGGGGGACGCGCCAUUGGCCAAGCGCCGGAACCUCGCUCCCCAGCGCAGCCAAUCCCAGAGGCGGAAGUGCCGCUCGGUAUCAAACAGCGAAUCAAGCAGCUCACUGAAGACACGCCCCCGGCUCAGACCCCAUCUCCUAAACUGUCACUUAGGCCACGACCUUUGCCCCUCGACCUGACUAAAAGGUUUACCUCUGACAGGUCCCCAGAACUCGGCAGUCCCUCCCUCAGUGAGGCGACAGACCGCCUUGAGAGUGACAUUGAUCCUCAGAGGAGGGGUGAGGACUCUGCCAGCUUCAGGGACCAAGGGAAGGUGGAGGAGGACAGCCGAGGCCCUCCGGAGCGUCCCCCGGAGCCCGCCUCUGAUCCAGCAGCAGGGCGGCCGAUGGAGAGCGGGGCCCAGGAUAGGAGCCUCGGCGGUGGGGUGCAGACCGUGAGGGCGGCCCUAUUCGAGAACGUGGUGGAGAGGCACAGCGUGCUGGUGUUGGACGAAGACCAGGGCCGGGGCCAGGCCCUGCCCAGGCGGAGCCUUUCCCUGAAGCAACGGGAGGAGGAGAACGAGGGGAACCUGGUCACGGCCACCUACCGCGAGCCCGUGUCUCCUUCCAGCCCGCUGCGGGUGGAGCACUCCUACGACACGGUGCCGUCCGUAGGGGAGAGCAGGGCGGUGAGCGAGAGCGUCCCCUCGGCCCAGCUGGAGGACAAAGCCAUGACCCUGAGAAGACGCUCUGACAGAGCGGCCAGGGCUGAACCUGCCGAAGACCAGCCUCCUCAGGGCCAGGGGGUCUUCUUUCCAGCCAGCGGAGGAGGAGGAGGUGGAGGAGGAGGAGGAGCGGAGAAGCAACCACGCUACCUGAGGGUCGGGGCCCUGCAGAAGUGGAACCCCGCAGACCUGGAGAGGGAGGCGGAGGAGGAAAGGAGGCGACGAGCGAAACUGGAGAGACAGAUGGGGAAGGGAGGAAAACCGGAGGAGGAGUGGGAGACGCAGAGAGAGGUGGAAAGGCAGAUGCAAAUGGAUGUCGAUAGGGAGAUAAGGAGAGAGAAGGAGAGGGAGGAGGUCGCGGCGCCGAAACGGUUGAAAAUGCUGGAGGCAAAUGAGCUUCCGGCCAAGCCCAGGGCCACGUACUUUGCUCUGACUGGUCAGGCCCAAGAGGUGGUUUCCCUGGGAGAAGACAGAGCAGAGAGAGGGGACUUGGAAGUGCCCUUUGAUGACUACUCUGUGAAGUCUGGACAGUGGGGCUCGCAAGGCAAGGUCCUGCCACUGCACGGGACUUCUCCUCUGGACGAUGCUUUGGGGAAAAGCCUGCAAAGUAAAGUACAGGAUGAGGAACGUUCGGAGCGGAGCACGACACAGGACAGACAGAGAGGAAUGGUGUGGGUGAGACCGGGAGGAAUGGAAGAUAUGGAAAUUGAGAAGCAGAAACAAAUGGAUUUGGAAAAACAAAGGGCAUUAGACAGGGAGGCCCAGAGGCAGUUGGAAAUGGAGAGGCAGGUGGAAUUUGCCCAGAAGAUGGAGAGGGAGAAUCAGAAAGAACUGGAAAGAGAAAGACAGAAGGAGUUGGAGAGGCAAAGACAGAGAGAGAUGGAAAGAGAUAGACAACGUGCUCUCGAGAGACAACAAGAGCUACACAGGCAGCAGGAGCUGGAGAGAGAGAGACAGAGAGAGGUGGAAGGAGAGAGGCAGCGAGAGGUGGAAAGAGAGAGGCAGAGAGAGGUGGAACGAGAGAGGCAGCGAGAGGUGGAAAGAGAGAGGCAGCGAGAGGUGGAACGAGAGAGGCAGAGAGAGGUGGAACGAGAGAGGCAGCGAGAGCUAGAGAGGCAGAAUGAGGUGGAGAAGGAGAGGCAGCUGGAAAUGGAGAGACAGAAGUUGGCGACGCAGAGAGAGUUGGACAGGGCGAAGGAACAGGAGAGAAGACAACUUCAGGAGUACGAAAGACAGAAACAAGUGGAGCGAGAAAGACAGCAACUUGUAGAGCUAGAGAAGCAGAGACUGAGAGAAAAGGCAGAGAGAGAAGAGGCUGAAAAAAUGAGACAGAUGGCCAUACAACAGGAAGUGAACCGACAGAGAGAACUGGAGCGGGAAAGAGAACGACAACAAGAGAGGGAGAAGGAGAGACUGAGGCAGCUGGAGGUAGAGAGGCAGAAGGAGGUGGAGAAAGAGAGACAGAAGUUGGCGAUGCAGAGAGAGCAACAGAGAUUGGAGGAGUUGGAGAGAGUAAAGGAACAGGAGAGAAGACAACUUCAGGAGUACGAAAGACAGAAACAAGUGGAGCGAGAAACACAGCAACUUGUAGAGCUAGAGAAGCAGAGACUGAGAGAAAAGGCAGAGAGAGAAGAGGCUGAAAAAAUGAGACAGGUGGCCAUACAACAGGAAGUGAACCGACAGAGAGAACUGGAGCGGGAAAGAGAACGACAACAAGAGAGGGAGAAGGAGAGACUGAGGCAGCUGGAGGUGGAGAGGCAGAAGGAGGUGGAGAGGCAACUCCAGCGAGAUCUGGAGAGACAGAAGCAGUUGGAUUCGGAACAGCAGGAGCUGGACAGGCAGCGGGCGAGACAGAGGGAGAGCGAGAAGGAGAGACAGAGGGCGGAGGAGCUGGAGAGGAGGAAGGAGAUGGAACGGAGGCAGCUGCUGGAGUUUGAGAAACAGAAGCAAGCGGCGGCCCAGAGACAGCAGGUGGCCGACCUGGAGAUGCAGAGGCUGCGAGAGAAGAUGGAGAGAGACGACGCGGAGAAGAUGAGACGGGUCGUCACGCAACAGGAAGUGGAACGCCAGAGGAUGAAGGACAGGCAGAAGAGGGAGGACCAGGAGAGGGCCGACUCCUCCCCCCUCCGACCCAAAGUUCUGGAUCUCGACUCGGUGACCCGGGACGACCCAUUCUCCCCGAACGCCCCCUACUCCAGUGACCCAUCAUCCAGGUGGAGGAAGCCCUCUCCCAGGUCAGAGGAGGAGUACCGGCCUGCCAUAUUGGACAUUGACUCAUUUAGGUCCCAGGCUCAGUUGUCACCCACGAAAGAGGCGUACCCUGUUGCUGGGAACCAAGGAACAGAACGCGGGAGUGGGCUCAGAUCCAACCUCAACACCGCAGACAGAGAAGGGGGCGUCAGGAUCGCGCCCGAGGGGGUCGUGAGGCGGCCCAGUCCAGUGCAGGCUUCCUCCCAGCAGGAUCCCUGGGAACGUAGACCAGGGGAGGUAGUGGGAAGUCCCCUGGCUGGACCAGAGGCCCCCAGGAAGCCCGCCAACAAGCCCAGCCUGGAGCAGCUCCUCCUCAGGCAGGAGGAGAGGGCCACGGCAUCCUGCCUGGUCCCAGAGAGACGCUGGGCGGCCGUGCCCGGCGAACCACAGCCCUCAGCCCCCCACCCCGUGAGAGACACCAGCCUGUCUGGAUCUCCAGCCGGGAGCCUGGAUCCCUGGUCCUCCUUAGAGGCUGGGCCCCACCAACUCGGAGGGAUGGAGACCAGAAGCCAGAGGAGAUCCCAGGGUUCCCAGGAGCUGAACAGGAUGAGGUCUCGCAGCGUGUCGCGGCGCUCCACCCCGGCCACCAGCACGCUGGAGGGCUCCCUCCUCAGGAUGAGGAGCCGGAGCGCACACAGAGAGAGGGGCGACCAGGACUGGGAGGCGCAGAAGCAAGGUGUCGGCGGUGACGAAGAGGGUAGGGACACCGACACGCUGGUCCAUGAGACAGACAGUCAGUACGGCACCUGGGAGACAGGCCUGCGCACCGACGACAGCCUGACUCCAGCCACGCCCACCUCGGAAGGCAACCUGAGCCCAUCGCCUGGGAAAGCAACCCUGCCCCACACGCUGGGCGAACAGGCGCCACCCAGCGACCUCGACACCCCAGACGGCCUGUCUCCGCUUCAGCCUGAGAUCCAGCUGCUCCCCUUCCCUGAGGCCUCCACCAGCCUGCUGGACUCCAGCGCCCUGCGCUCCAGGGCCCAGCUGAGUAAGAAGCGGGGUCCUCGCUCCCGGCCGACCAGAGCGGCCAGGCAGAGUGCCGCCCUGGCUGGGCUCCCCGAGGGCCAGGCUGGCUCUGGAGAGGACUGGCGCUACCGCGACUCCACAGAGGAGAAGGUUCAGGCCAAGCAGGAGGACUCGGACUCAGAGGAGCAGGCCAGGGCAGCAGACCCCCGGCCGGCUGCCUCCCAGCCCCAGAGAGUCCCCCUCUUCCCUGGGAUGGACCCCUUCGCUCUCAAGGCCCAGCUGAAGAAGAGAGGCGACUCCGACAAUCAGGCAGACGGCCUCGCCUCUUCUCCCUCCCAGCUGUCUCGCUCUCCUAAAUCUCCCUUCCUCCCCCGGGCCUCCCGCGUGCUGCCCCCUGCUGGGGGGAAAGAGAACGGAGAGGAGGCUUCACCGCAGUGGCUGAGGGAGCUGAAAUCGAAGAAGCGCUUGAGUCAGUAUGACAACGACAGCUAAGUGUGAAGGAACAGAGGACGCCUUAAAACAGAAGAGUCUGUUGGAGAAUUUGAAAACAGAAGCCUUAACCUUCGACCUUUUGAGCCGAUGGGAAUUAUGCUGCUGCUGUUGUUUGUUUUUACGUCAUCUGUUUGCCUAUUUUCUCCAUCCUCUUCCUGCCCGGGUUGUAUACAUGUGCAUGGUGCCUUUUUUCCCCCCUGAAUAUCUCGGCCUUUUGGAUGACAGAAGUGAGGGAAGACAUCUGGCGGCUCAGCUUGUCCUGUAUCCUGCUAGCUACCGGGGCCCUGCAUGCCAGGGCGACCUCCGCAUAGACACUUUACCCUCUCACCUCACUGGGGCACAACGGAAGAGGAGGAACAUUCUUUCCUUUUCGGGUUGCAUUUCAGGAAUGGUUAUCUUGUGGGAACACUUGCCUCUUAACCCGGAAGUGCUUCGGUAUAAGCCAGAGGGCAGUAUAGAAUUUGGGACAAGAUCAUUUUAUCUAGUUUACUCUUUUAAAUUGUAUUUCUUUCAGUUCGGUGUCUGUGGUAAAUGUAUCAAUCUGUCUGUCAGUGCAGGGUUGUUGGUUAUAGUCACGCAAGCAUUGCCGUAAGACAACAUUUCUCAAUUAUUUUCUUUCCUGAUCAUAGAGAACAAAAAUACUGCUGAAUUGAUUAUCAGCCAGACUGUAUAUUAUAUGUUAGUACGUGUAAUCAUGAAAUGUUAUAUUUGUAUCUUUUGGUGAUUUGAAAAAGUACAUGGUAACAGGACAACAAAGCUAGUUUUGUACUGAGAGAGUUUAAACUUCACUACAGUAGGGCUCUGGUCCACUCAGCAUGUAGACACUUUAUCUAGACACUUUUAUCUGAGGGGGAAAGAUGUAUGUUUUGGCUUCAGUGUCGUUUCCAUAACUACCUUUCUAAUUGUGGGGGUGGGGGGGAAAGGAGAGGAAUUGUUGGUGGACACACACACACACACACACUAAUGCACUCACACAUACACACUAAUGCACUCACACAUACACACUAAUGCACACACACAUACACACUAAUGCACACACAGUUUUGGGUGAAAACUUUGAACCAGCCUGGCAUUCCUCUCUGCUCCCCUGUGCUGUACCUCCUAAUGUAAGAUCAACUGACUGUGUGUCAAUGAUGGAUGAGAGAGUGAGAAUUGCAAGGACAAUGUUUUUGUGUUAACAGUGUGUGUUUCUUGAGAGCCAUACAUUCAACCUGUACUGCUAAGCUUACGUUUUGUACGGAUGUUAUAAAGAGAAACACAGUG